GUUCGCACGCGUACUAUACUCGUCGCUCCAGUUUAUCUCGACGAGGGUUCGGCGUGCGCGCGCGCGCGCGCGUUCUCCGUUCUUUCUCGUUUCUCCCGUUUUGCUUUUUGACUUGGGAAACAGUGGUUUCUGGUUCUCAUUUUUUUUUUCUUAUCUCGAGUCACGAAUCGUGUUCCUCGUUCUCUGCGUGAAUAUGGAUACGAAUCAGGCGCCUCUUUCCCCACCGGCCUCGCCCCAGUUGAAACAUAUGGAACCACUACAAUUAUCGUUCAGCGUUGCGGCUCUGUUAGGGGAGAAGCUUUCGGAUCAGUCGACAAGAUCCAAACGGAAAGAUGAAGAGAACGCGGGUUCCCAUCCCGUUCUACCGCCUACCCCUCAGCCCUCCGACUCGGAGGAAGAUGAGCCACCCCGAAAGCGGCGGUGCGUCGAGCAAUGCGAGCUGGCAAAGCUGCUGCUAGACGGUACGCCUCCGCCAAGCCCAGAGCCAGCCCGGGUUUCGGUAAUAAUGCGCGCCAAUCGGGACGGUACCUGCAGCCCGGCUAAUCUCGCUGGUUGCCCCGCGACCUGCGGCCGAUUGGUACCACGUGAUUCGCCCGCGCGACAGUCGACCAGUUCGCAGGCGAACGUGCGAGCGAACGUAACGAGACCGGUGGAGAACGUGCUGCGCAGCCUGAAGUUCAAGAUGAGCUUGCGCAAGGAAGAAAUCAUCGUGAACAGCAAGAAUACCGAUCGCGAAAGCUGUCAGCAGCAACAGCAACAAUAUCAACCUCAACAGCAGCAACAAUUACCGAAAUUGCAACCCCUGGCGCCCAAACCCACUCCCAUUGUGGUAGCUGGCUUGUUGGGUUCACCUUUGGUCCUCCCACGGACGCCCCUUCUGUUAGUCGCAAGCGCAGCACCGACUAUCACCACUGCCACGACCACGACGACGAGUACAGGUGUUGCGGAGACACGGCGCCGCGUUUACGAGUGCGAGUACCCGGGCUGUGGCAAGAACUACUUCAAGUCGUCACACCUGAAGGCCCAUACCCGCACCCAUACCGGCGAGCGACCGUUUCCGUGCCCGUACGAGGAUUGCAACCGUCGUUUCUCACGCAGCGACGAACUGUCGCGGCACAAGCGCACGCAUACCGGCGAGAAGAAGUUCGCCUGUGCCGUCUGCCAGAGGCGAUUCAUGAGGAGCGAUCACCUGGCGAAGCACGUGAAACGUCACGCCAGGGACAAGUCCUCCACGUCAUCUUCCUCGAACGGUCAGAUCGUCGCAUCCCAGAUGGCCCCGACGCCGCUGAGGGUGAGUUUGCUGCCGGUGUUGGCGCCACGACUGACGCGACCCGUUCAACAGCUGGUACCUCCUCAGCUGGCGGCUUGAAGAACGCACUCGCGACUUUCGAAAUCGCUUGAGAGUCGUACUUUGUCAAUCACGUGUGUGCCUUAGACUUCAGAGUCGAAUUGGAUCGCUUCUGGCAUUUGAAGAUGAAGAACAGUAUGAAAAGAAAACUAGACUGAUCUAAUUAAUUGAGGCAAUGUUAAAAACGAAAAUUAAAGCAUCCAACAUUU